UAAGGCAUGUUGUUUGCCUCUUCAGUCUUCACAUAGAAAAACGAAUUUGCUGCGCUCCAUUCCACCGAACAGCAGUACAAAAAGUGUAGCAGAUUCGAAGAGAGAAUCCAAACCCUAGCUAACUUUCUAUUAUUCAUUCAUCGGAUCAUUAUCAGAACAGGUAGUUCCCGAGCGAAAGGGAAAAGAUUAGGCUCUAUUAUUCUUUGAUGGGGAAAGGAACAAAAGGCAAGUCUGGCUCUCACCAGAUACUCAAAGACAGGGCCAAAAACCGUGUAGAGGACCUCCAUGGCAUGUUUACAGAUCUUCAAUCCGCAAGAAAAGAGAGUCGUGGUAUUGACGUGGCAGUCCUUGAAGAACAAGUCAAUCAAAUGCUUAAAGAAUGGAAGAAUGAACUCAAUGAACCUUCACCUGCUUCUUCUUUACAACAGGGUGCAAGUUUUGGGCUUUCUUCCCCAGACAUAAGUAAACUGUUACAACUUUGUGAGGAGGAAGAUGAUGCAACUAGUGGGCUAGCUCCCCCAAAACCUGACCCUGAUGCCCUUGAAACUGGUGAAAAUGCUGCUUUUCACAAAAAAGAACAAGAGUCAAAGUCAACGGGUCAAAGCAAAGGGUCUCCUUCAGGGAUUGAAAUUGAAAGGGAAUUGGAUUAUUUUUCAUUUGAUGAUAAUAAUAAUAAUAUUAUCAUUCAGGAGGGAAAUGAUGAUCUACUUCCAAUGAUGAGCUUUCUACCGAAUAUCAGCCCUCCACCUUCUGCUUUCUUAGGGCCAAAAUGUUCUCUUUGGGACUGCCCGAGGCCUGCCCAGGGGUGGUGCCCGGACUAUUGCAGCAGCUUGCAUGCUGCAGUUGCUCAGACGGAAGGCUGCCCGGGAAUGAAACCGGUCAUCCGACCGAAAGGGAUUGAGUUGAAGGAUAAUUUGCUUUUUGCUGCCCUGACUGCCAAGUCACAGGGAAAGAAUGUUGGUGUGCCCGAAUGUCAGGGGGCAGCUACUGCUAAAUCCCCCUGGAAUGCUCCUGACCUCUUCGACAUUGCGGUUUUCGAGGGCGAAAUGGUCCGCGAGUGGCUAUUUUUCGAUAAGCCACGGCGGGCUUUCGAGAGCGGAAACCGAAAACAACGAUCACUCCCCGAUUACAACGGACGCGGUUGGCACGAAUCCCGAAAACAAGUAAUCAAUGAUUCCGGAUGGCUAAAAAGGUCAUAUUACAUGGACCCACAACCCAUGAAAUCCCUCGAAUGGCAUCUAUUCGAAUACCAAAUCACCAAAUGUGACGAUUGUGCCCUUUAUAGACUCGAACUCAAACUCGUUCAUGGUAAAAAAGGAACAAAGGGGAAGACGGAUUCGGUCUCAGAUCUUCAAAAACAAAUGAAAUCACUCACCGCCGAGGUUCCACUGGAGGGUAGAAAUAAACGGGCGGUUAAAGGCGGUGCAACCACUCCACCACCACAUCACGGUGGCUACCGCUUGACGUGAUCGGAAAAAUCAUCUCAUAUCACUAUAGUAUAUAUAUGUUACUUUGAGAUGUCUUUUUUUUUUAUAAGUAUGUUAGGUUUUCAGUAAGGAGAUGAGAAUCUGUAUUCGAUAUCGAUAUGAUAUUGUGAUUUAUCUUCCUCAUGUUGUGGUGUCGAAUCAAGUUCAUUAUCAUUUGAUAGUCAUGCUUUGGGUUUUGUGUUGAA